AGUAUUUGUUUUGGUUCAAGCUUCUGUGAUGAAACUUCCGAGGCGCCACUUUACUCACUGUGCAGACUUCUGUCCCUUUCGGUAAACGAACAUUCACAGUUCAACCCUUCGCAUGACAAGAUCAAAUUUUGAUCUUCCUUACAAUAGUGCUGAUAAUUCUAACUUUAAAAUGAGCAAAGUAAUAGAGAAUGCCUCCAGCUUCGAGAUACGUUCGGUCAUCAAGUUCUUGAACGCGCAAAAUGUGCGUCCGGUGGAGAUCAGUCGUCAGGUGUGUUCAGUUUACGGGGAGAAUGCGAUGAGCGAUGGGAUGGUGAGGAAGUGGUGCAGGACUUUUAACAGUAAGAAGACUAACGUCGAGGACGAUGUAGCGUCUACAAUCAACGAAGAUCUUCUCGACGUGAAGAGGAAGAUCAUCGAGAACAGGAUCACGAUGACCGAAUUGAGCAAUAAUUUCCCGCAGACCUCCAGAUCUCUUCUCGACGACGUCGUCAGAGAACACCUGUUGUUUCACAAGGUGUGCACCAGGUGGGUUGCCUCGGAGGAGUACAGUUCGGUCUCGAAUCCUUCGAGCUCGAAAUGCGCCAAGAAGGACAACAGUGAGGAAUUAGUCGUUGCCAAAAGCAAAAAGGAUACAGUUUAUCAAUAUAACAAUAACAGAAAACUUAAGAAUGUUACUCAAGUAGUGGUAAAACUUGAAGGCAAUGAUGACGAUCGAAUAGAUGAAAUUCCCUUUCAACUUACUGAUGGAAGUCCCACGAACACGAAAUUGAAAAUUCGCAGUAACCCCAACGGAACUGAAGAAUUUACUAAUGUUUGUCUGAAGGUUGAAUGCGAAGAACAAAAGAUAAAAAUUUCAAAUUUAGUAAUGACACCGCAUGAUGCAGGAAACGGUAUACCUAAAGCUCUCAGAACAAGUGCUAAAAUCAAGGUAGAAUGCGAGGAUGAUGGAACAAAUGCGAUGAAGAACGUAACAAGAGAUUCGUGUAUUGUUGCCCCGCAACGGCUGUGUCUACGAAGAAUAGCAAAAUCAAGACUUCCUAGCAGAAUGUAUAAAACACGAAACAAACAAUUGAAUGAUGUUACUAAGGUCGAAUAAUUCAAACAAUCAUAAACAGCAAUUUGGAUAUUUAUGAAAUUGUGAUAGUCCGACCGAGGAAUUAAAUGGAAGAAACCACUAAUAUUUGUGAAUUAUAUUAAAGGGGUCUAUAUCGCAAGCCC